AUGGACUCACAGUAUAACCACUCUUCUGGGAAGUUUGAAAUCCUGUUCGCUCUGAGCUCUUUGACUCCCAACCAGAGGCGGACAUGGAUCAUAGAUUCAGAACUGUAUGUUUUGCAUAAAGAGGAAAGCCCUCAAACCUGGGACACCCAGACCCCAGAGGAGCCUGAGAACAAGGGAGGUAUUAUUACACUCCAGUGUCUCUCAAUUGAGGGAUAUGAAAAGUUUAUUCUCACCAAGGAAGAUAAAAAGUUUCUCACCACCCUGGACUCAUGGUCCAUACACUUUAUUGGGCAGUACCAAGCCUUGUUAUCUAUAUCCAUAUAUAUGACCCCAGACCACAAAGGAACAUGCAGAUGUUAUGGUUACUACAAGAAUUGCCCACAUUUGUUGUCACUACCCAGUGACCCUCUGGAAGUAUACAUCUCAGUUGAAGAGAACCAGGAUCACACAAUGGAGAAUCUCAUCAGGAUGGGGAUGGCAGUCGUGGUCCUCAUCGUCCUUUCGAUUCUAGCCACUGAGGCUUGGCGAAGCCAUAGACAGACCCACCGUGCUGCUGGGAACUAAUCUAAAGAGAAAAGAAUGCAUCUUUCAAUGUUCUACACUCUGGNAAAUAAAUCUGAUGACCCAAAGGUUUCUGUCAAAAAAAAAAAUACUGUUGUGGUAUUGAGGAACUGUUGUGAUAGAAUGUUAGGUAGCAAAAGUUUGGGAUUCAGAGGGAAGUGGAAGUGUCAUAAUGAGGUGCUUCCUCAAUAAAUGAAUGACUGUUCCUCCACACACUGGGAGCCUUUGUUUCCUGAACCGACAAUCUUCUGAACCCAGAAAGUGUGGGAAUAGGCUGUCCCAACUGCCUGGAAUAUCUUUCACAUGUGGACUGUGUUUUUCCGUAUUUCUUUAAAUGUGAAUGGGAUUUAUUCAUUCACAUUUAAAGGCCUCUGUCAUCUUUAUGAAUUGUAUUUAAGGACAUUUUCUUGUCUGUGUGUGAGUAUGCAUAUACGGGAGGGUUGGGUGUGUGUAUUAGCCUACUGCCACUGGGUGUUCUUUCAGGCAACUUGGUGGGCAGGGCCUUGGGAGGCAAAGGCUUAGUUGAUGUUCCUUGUGGCAGCAGACCUCCUGGAAAGCGUGCAGUCCUUGGGGUGGGAAAUGGAGUACUCAGUGUAGGNUAUUGCUCUGUCCUAAGCACUCAGCGGAGUGGGCAGGACAGGGCUUGGUGAGGAGAGGCUUGCCUGGUGUCCCUUAGGAUGGCAGCCCUCUGAGUAAUCAGGCAGGGUUGUGGCUGCUACUAUUUUUUAAAGAACAUACCAAUAAAAUGACUCCUAGAUCAAUGUCUUGCUCAGCUUCCUCCUGCAGGAGAUGGGAACNUAUGCAGAAAUCCACAACUGAACACUGCAGAGAAAGAUCUGAAAAUACUGAAUCCUGAAUGGAUAAACACUUGCAAAAGAACAUUUAGUUUUUCUAACAAGUCACNUUGGUACACAAAGCACACUGAAGGGCAGGUCUCAUGCCCAGCCAGGCGUGUGUGGCCAACACAAAAUGAACUCACUGGUAUNUUUGAGGUCUGUGCUUAUAAUGGUUGUCUCUUACUUAUAUAUUAUAAUGACCUAUUAUGUGCUUUUAGAUGAUUUCAGGGAAUUCAUAAUGUAUAUGUAUAAAAAAAUCACAGUACUACACACCUCACAAAUAUACACUUCUAUUUCCAAUGAUUCCUGUAUAAUUAGUAAAAAGAUUUUCAUUGCUUUCUUCUUACAUUUUUCCAUUCUGUGUGACUACUUACAUUAU